AAGAAGACGGAAGUGGCGAGUUUCACCUUCUCGGUUUUACGAAGUUACGAUUUCAUAACAUCAUUAAAAAAAAAGGACGCGUGAUAAACUGAUGAGAACGGAUGUAAUAUGAAGAAAUCCGAUCUGCUAUGAACAGGACGAUGGAGAGUCCCCGGAGACCGAUCAUCCUCAAGAGGAGGAAACUCCCGUUUCAGAGAAACGAAUCUGAAGGGCCACAGAGCAAAGCACGGAGCACGACGCCCUCCGGAGCACGGUCCUUCCCUGAUGGCAUUUGCCUUAUGGAUCACCCGACGAUGCCGGACACGCAGGUGGUGGUCAUACCAAAAAGCGCUGAUCUUCAGAGCGUCAUCGACGUCUUGACCGUCAAGGGGAAGGAACACGGCGCGCAGGGACCGACUAAGUUCAUCUUGCUGAGCGGAAGCAAUGGAUCCGAGGCUGGGGUCAAAGCCCUCGGUGAUGCCACGUCAAAGAGCAACAACAACCUCGCACCUGAAGCGUGUGCAACUGGAGAUGCCAAACCUCUCCUGAUAAGCAGACUGAAGAAUGAAUCAGACUGCAGUCUACUAGACGACAGCCUGACGAACAUCCAGUGGCUGGGGAAGAUGGACGCAGAAGUCGCUAGUACUGAGAAAGAAAUGAAAGAAUCCAAUAAAGAGAACUUACCUUGCGAUGUACAGGAGGCGCAGCAGCCAGAGGAAGACGUGAGUGCAGCAGGUAAAGGUCCUUUGUCAGAAAGACCUCCUUACUCCUAUAUGGCGAUGAUCCAGUUCGCCAUUAACAGCAAGAAAAACAAGAUGAUGACCCUGAAGGAAAUCUAUAACUGGAUAGAGGAUCAUUUCCCCUACUUCCGAGAUGUAGCUAAACCAGGUUGGAAGAAUUCCAUUCGGCACAAUCUCUCCUUGCACGACAUGUUCGUCCGAGAAAGCACCCCGGACGGAAAGAUCUCCUUCUGGACCAUUAAACCUGAGGCAAACCGCUGCCUCACUUUAGACCAGGUGUAUAAGCCUGCGAUCGAUCCAGCGGCUCCUUCUUGCCCACAAACCGUGCAAGUCUGUUACCAACAACAGCAGAAGCGAGUUGUUCCUGAACCUAAGAAAGCUACACCUUGCACUACAGAAAGGAAAAUGAAGCCUCUGCUGCCCCGCACAGACUCGUACCUGGUGCCCAUUCAGCUUCCCUUGACUUCCUCGCUCUUUUUGUCCUCCUCGGCAGCGCUCCCUCUGUCUACCCCUCAGCAGACACCCACUCUCUCUAAUCCAGUCCCCAAGGUACCAAGCAAGAGGCCUUGCAUAGCUCCCAAGAUCCCGAAGAGCGACUCCAGCUCCGUCCUGAUGUCUCCCCAGGUCCCUGAGGUGAAGGAAGAGCGCGUGUGCGUACCCGUCAGCGCCGAACCCCGCAGCAGCAAACGCAAGGAGCUGAGCAGCUCGCGUCGUAAGCAGCGUCUCGUCACGCCGUCCACCGAGGAGCCCGUCCUGGUCUUCCCAGAGAGCUCUUUCUCCGACUCCGGCGUCGCCCUGGACCUCACCGCCUUGCAGGAAAUGGAACUAGAACCUCUGCGUGACCCUCAGCUGGAGAACGAAACCUUUAAAACACCGAUCAAAGGGAGCCACCCGGCGUCCUCGACCCCCAGCAAGGCUCUGGAGCCGUGGAGGAUCACGCCACUGGGUAAAGGGAGCCGCAGCGUGCUGGAUUUCAGCCCGAUCCGUACGCCGCAGCGGAACGAGAGCAGCGCUCUUAGUCUCACCAGCACACCUUUCAAAGAGCUGCAGCUUUUCAGUUCCCCCCGUGAGCUCCUCACCUCCUGUUCCCGCGAGCUGCAGACGGGCUCCGCGAACCGCUCGCUCACCGAGGGCCUCGUGCUGGACACCAUGAACGACAGCCUAAGUAAAAUCUUAGUAGACAUCAGCUUCUCCUGUCUGGACGAUGACGACCUGGGCAUGGCCAACCUCAGCUGGUCGCAGUUUAUUCCUGACCUGAAAUAAUAUAUUUUUUUAAUUCUUUUUUUUUUCCUCAACAAUCCAAGCUGCUUGCACGCUUCUUCACUGCCUCAGUAUUUCUUUAGCUUGCUUGUUUGCUAAUACAUGUAACUGUUUUAUCCUACUUUGGUUUUGUUAAUCCUUAUGCACAUUGUCUAUUUGUAAGCUCUUUAUUGAAACCUUUUAGGAUUAAAGAGCCAUGCUUCAGUACGAUCAUCACGACCCUCCCACCUGAUCCGCGCUGACUCGGAUGCGAGAACCACAUCUCGGUUCCUAACAUUAAAAAUACACGUACACACUCCUUCAUAAGCUGCUCGCAAUGAUUUUCACUGCCUUUGCUUCUUCCACAUGUGUACGUAUCCUUUUUUUUUCCUCUUACUGCUUUAUUUUUUUUUCUGUGUGUGUGUAACUUCCUGUUUGUUUACUGUAUGUGUCAAGUUAGAGUGUAUUUAUCACUCCGGUUCUGAAAGAUGACAGGAGUGACGAUUGAGAAACUGUUGAAGGAAUGUAUUUAGGAAUUGACCGAUUUUGCACAAUUUGUAAUAUAUAUCUAUAUAUAUAUAAAUGUGUGUAUAUGUAUGUGUAUUUAGGUAUUUUCUUUUUUUUUUUUAAAUGUGUAAAUGAGUACAUAGAUUUAAUGGACUCCCAACUUAGACACUACUACUGCUGCUGCACGCAACAUGCUUUAAUGCAACGCAUUGACGGCAAGACAAGACCUGCAAUUCAAGCUAAUGGUUCAAUUUAUUUGUGGGGGAAAAAACCACAAACAAUGCAAAUCCUAUUAAUUAAUAGUAAGUAGCAGAGACCUGAGAUUUCUAUUUAUAAUCAUAUAACUUUAACAAUUUUGUAUUGCCAGCAGCUUACUACUGUAUUCAUAAUGCAGGAGUGAUCUUCCUUAGGGCUGGAUGAUGCGAAGUAAAAUCGGUUCACACUAAGACACACUGCCGUAGAAGACUGAUAUGGGGCAUGUUGAAUUUUCUUCUAAUGUGCACCAAGAAAUCUGGACACAUGGUCAAACCUAGACUAUGGAUUCAUGUUAAAGCUUGAAUGAACAGUCAUUAUUAUUAUUAUUGAUAUUAUCGAAUUAUAGCGAUUCUGUUGGAUAGUUUAAAAACAGCUUUUGCAUUUUUUUUAUGAUUAUCCAGCCUUUCAUAGAAUUCAUAUUAGGAUAUGGUGUCAAGGAUCAUCUUUGACAUUCCUAUAGUAAUAAUAAAUAAUAAUAAAUAAUAAUAACACGCUUCUACUCAUUAUCCAGCCCUGGUCUCUCGCAUGCAUUGGCUUUCUAUUGAAAUUUUUUGUCUGAUUGUUGUAAUCACAGUCUGUGUAUAUUGUUUUUAAAAAAAUGCAUAUAAAAAAAAAAAGCCUGUUUUUUGUUGUUUUUUUUUUCCCUUAAAAUUUUGCCUAAGAACACAGCCAUGAAUAAAGACUGGUACAAAAACAUAAUGCUGGAGCAACGUCUCCCAACCAUCCAAGAACAGUUUGGUGAUGAACAAAGCCUUUUCCAGCAUGAUGGAGCACCUUGCUAUAAAGCAAAAGUGAUAACUGCUGAACAAGUUUCGUGAGACGCAUUCGCACACAAUAAGAGAAGCCUGCAUUUUUACUCUAACUUAUUGACUAAUC